AGUAGGCAACCGACUUGAGCAAACCCUCCGCUACCUUCCAGCGCCUCCUCCUCCCUCUCCAGUCUCCACCCCCAUCGCCCGACCGCCGCCGCCGCCGCGUCCUCCACCGCCAUGUGGCGAGACGAGGGGAUCGAGGACGAGGAGACCCUGAGCGCGUUCCUGGAGGCCUCCAGGACGCGGGAGGGCCGGGCGGCGCUCUCCGACGCGCUCGCCGACACGCUCCACCUCCUGCCGGCCUCCCCGGCGCCGCUCCUCCUCCUGCGCCUCCGCCUCCUCCGCAACCUCCUCGCCGGCGACGCGCUCAACCAGGGCACCUUCGUGCUCCUCUCGGGCCCCGCGGCCGUCGUCUCCGCCGCCCUCUCCAUCCCCGCCCUCUCCCCCGACCUCGCCCGCGCCGCGCUGCAGGCCCUGGGCAACGCCGCGCUCGGCGGGGACCGGCACCGCGAGGCCGUCUGGGACGCGCUCUUCCCGGGGGCGCUGCGGGAGUUCGCGCGCGUCCGGGACGCCGGCGUCCUCGACCCGCUCUGCAUGGUGCUCGACACCUGCUGCUCCGGCGACGGCGGCCGCGGGAGGGUCGAGGAGCUGUGCCAUGAGGACCUGGGCCUGCCCGUGCUCGUCGAACUCGUCGCCACCGCCUCCCGAUUGGGGCACAAGGAAGAAUGGUUGGAGUGGCUUCUCUUCAAAAUCUGUGUUGAGGAGGAGAAGUUCAAAACCUUGUUUGCGGCCCUAGGUUCAACUGAUGGUGGUGAAUCUGGAAAUGAGUUCAGUGCUAAGCAUGCAUUUCUUAUGGGUACAUUGUCAAAGUGUUUGACUGAACGACCUGAAGAAGUUAGUAUCUCAAACAGUUUUGCUCUUCAUGUAUUCAAUAUACUGAAGCAUGCUGCUGAGACUCUGGAUUUUACUUGCCGAGGUAGCUCUGAGCUUCCAACUGGUCUCCCUGGAAUUGAUGUCCUUGGAUAUUCAUUAGUGCUCUUGAAGGACAUAUGUGCUUGGGAACCCUCUUCAUCAGAGACUGAAGCACCAGUUGACUCACCGUUGCAGGCUGAGCCCUCUUCAUCGGGGACUGAAGCACCUGUUGACUCACUGUUGCAGGCUGGUCUUGUAAAACGCCUCUUAAAAUACCUCGGUGAGCUUGAGCCCCCAAGUACAAUCAGGAAAGCGAUGGCAAAGGAACAAGGAGAUCAACAGCCAGCUUUUGCAACUGCAAAGGUCUGCCCAUACAAUGGUUACAGGAGAGAUUUGGUGGCUGUCAUUGCCAAUUGUUUGCAUGGAAGGAAACAGGUGCAGGAUGAGGUUAGGCAACUAAAUGGGAUUAUGUUGCUGUUGCAGCAGUGUGUCAUUGAUGAAGGAAAUGCAUACUUGAGGGAGUGGGGUCUGCUAACUGUGAAAUAUUUGCUUGAAGAAAACGAGGAAAAUCAGAAGGAGGUAUCUGAGCUUCAGAUGCAAGAACCUAUUCUAACUCCAGAGGUCGCAGAGUUAGGCCUAAGAGUGGAGAUCGACAAGAAAACGGGUCAUCCAAAACUGGUCAAUUCCUCCUGAUGUAAAAACCUCCUAUCUUGUGAUUGGCAAUGCCUGGACUUACUAUCUGGAUGCAUAUUUAACUUCAGCACAUGAUGAAGAUUUUUCGCUUUGGCCUGCCCUGUUUGAGACGAAAACCAGUAGAAACUUCCACUGGUCAUGGUUCUUCUAGACAUCAGUGGGAGAAAUGUAAAUGUCGGAUGCUGCCGCCCCAGGGGAAAUAGGGGUUAUAUUCUCAUUAAGUACUUCUAGUUCUGGCUAUGACUACCAGAUGCAACGUCUGUCAUUUUGAACUCUUGUGCUGGGCUAUGAUUACAGAUUCAAACAUUUUAUGUAGUGUAGACACUUGAAAUGUUUUUGGAUCCGAACCGUUAUGUGCUGUCGCACAAACAGUGAUGUGGGAAUAGGCAUAUGGUUUGAUUGCCGUUUCA